AUGAACACAACAGAUGACGAGAUCGGGACGUGGAACUCGUGGGACGCUGAAGGUGUUACUAUCAACGACAUCGUGUGGCCCGGACACCAGCACGUCCCCCCACCAGGAGUACCCGAGAAGUUCCACCUCAAGAUUGUGUUCCUGGAAGAGCCGCCUUACAUCAGCCUGGCCUCACCUGACCCGGUCACUGGCCAGUGUAACGCUAAUCGGGGCAUCCUGUGUCGAGUGGCCACCGACGCUAUGAUGGCCAAGUAAGUGGGGGUUGGACCCUGGCACAGCAGAACAGCACCUACUCAGUGCUGUUCGGGCUUCUGUAUCGACAUGUUGCAGAAGUUCUCAGACGAGCUCGGCUUCUCCUACGAUCUGUUCAGGGUGGAGGAUGGCAAGUGGGGACCUUGAGAGAAUGGCAACAAGUGGAAUGGUCUAGUCGCUGCCCUCAUCAACCACAAGGCAGACAUGGCCCUGACCAGCUUCAAGAUUAACUCAGAGAGGGAGAGCGUCAUUGACUUCACCGUGCCCUACCUCGAGUCCGGGAUAGCCAUCGUCGUAGCCAAGAGGACAGGCAUCAUCUCCCCCACGGCCUUCUUGGAACCCUUCGACACGGCCUCCUGGAUGUUGGUGGCGUUUGUGGCCAUCCAAGUUGCUGCUCUCACGGUCUUCCUCUUCGAGUGGCUGAGUCCUGGAGGAUACAAUAUGAAGGUGGCGCCCCCUCGUGACCACAAGUUCUCACUACUAAGGACUUACUGGCUGGUAUGGGCGGUGCUCUUCCAGGCAGCUGUACACGUCGACUGUCCCAAGGGAUUCACUGCCAGGUUCAUGGCCAACAUCUGGGCCAUGUUCGCCGUGGUGUUCCUGGCCAUCUACACCGCUAACCUGGCCGCCUUCAUGAUCACCAGAGAGGAAUACCACGAUCUGUCUGGCAUCGAGGAUCACCGGCUACAAAACCCAUACUUCAAGAAGCCUCCCUUCAAGUUUGGCUUCGUUCCCUUCACCAACACGGAGACGAUCAUGGCCAAGCACGAACACGAAAUGUUCCAAUACAUGAGACAAUAUAAUAAGUCUAAUAUCAACCAAGGCAUCAAAGCUAUCAAGAAGGGGUCGCUUGACGCCUUCAUCUACGACGCGACGGUGCUGGACUAUCCGGUCGACGACGAGUGUACACUACUGACGGUGGGCGCCUGGUACCACAUGACGGGCUACGGCAUCGCCUUCCCCAGGGGCUCCAAGCACACCUCUCACUUUAACGAGAAACUCAUGUCGUAUAAGGAUAAUGGCGACAUGGAACGCAUACAACGUUUCUGGCUGACCGGCGCUUGUAAACCUAAGAAGCAGAACAAAAGAGCAUCGGAACCCUUGGCAUUGGAGCAGUUCUUAUCGGCUUAUCUGCUGCUCUUCUCCGGGGUGCUGCUGGCCCUCAUCUUGCUGUUACUCGAGCACAUUUACUUCAAGUACGUCAGGAAACAUGCCAAGACGGACUCCGGGGGAUGUUGUGCCCUUAUUAGUCUGAGCAUGGGCAAAUCACUCACCUUCAGAGGGGCGGUGUUCGAGGCCCAGAAUAAACUCCGCCGCCACAGGUGUCGAGACCCCCUCUGCGACACUCACAUCUGGAAGGUCAAGCACGAACUCGACAUGGCCAGAGUAAAGAUCAAACAGCUGGAGAAGGAACUUGAAUCCCACGGCGUCAAGCCCUCGAGGAAAUUCGCUGCCAGCAAUAUUCUUACCAGCUGCUGGAAGCCCCGAGCCCAGGACGCAGAGGAGGACAACCCCCCUCAGUUUCUCAACGUCUACGCCAGUUUGGCGACGGCGCGGGCUGAGCGGGAGAUGGUGGGCUCAAGGGAGGUGUUCGGAGCACGAGACAUGACCAGAAACCACAUCACAUCUAACGAGCCAUCAAGAGCCUCCUCUACCACCACCACCCUCACCCCUACUCCUGACUCCGGGGGCGCCAGACAAAGAGCAUCAGUGGAAAUAAGAGAAAUAGCGGAAAUGGAAACGGCUGAAAGAUCAAUCAUGUUAGCUCAUUAUGAAGUACUAAACAUGCCAGUCUCUCCUGAACGACCAGUCAUGUCAACCUAUCCUGAAGUACCCAGUCAUGUCAACCUAUCCUGAAGUGCCCAGUCAUGUCAACCUAUCCUGAAGUACCCAGUCAUGUCAACCUAUCCUGGUGUCCUGAAGAACGAAUCAUGUCGGCUUCCUGCGUUCAUAGUCAGUUUUCUUUGUUUAGAAAUGUUCAUUGUUGAUCAGGAAUGUUCUGUACUGAUCAUGCAUGUUUAGAAUUGUUCAGAAACUAAGCAGGAAUAUUAAACUGAUCAGGAAUAUUAAACUGAUCAGGAAUGUUUAAGUAAUGAGGAAUGUUAAAAUGAUCAGGAAUGUUUAACUGAUGAGGAAUGUUUAACUGAUCAGGAAUAUUAAACUGAUCAGGAAUGGUCAGAAGAUGGUUAGGAAUGUUCAAAUUAUACUCAGAAUACAAUAUGUGAAGAGGUUACAAAUUUCUUAUAUAAUCUCAAAAUUCACUGACAUUCUCUGAAGAUAUUUUGACUCCUCAAAUACCUUAGAAAAUAAUUAUUGUACUACAUAAAAUACUUGAACAAUAUUGAUAACACUGUAUUUUUUUUAUAAACUCUUAAGACCAGCUGUAUUUUCUACUAAGGGUAGUAAGUGUCUAAAUAAUUCUUUAAUUCUCAUUUACUGUCAGUGUUUAUAAUACAGUAAUGCUUGUAAAGUCAGGAUCAGUUUGUAACUUAGUAGAGAACGGUGUCAUUUGUUUAUGAUAGAAUGGUCGUUUGUUUAUAUUUUGCUUUUUCUUCUUGUUCUCGUGCACAUUCAGUGAUCCGUGUGUAUGUUUUUUCGCGCAUUAUUGUGAGCCGUCGACCGUCACCUGAUCUGCCAUGUUGAGCGCUGGGCAUCAUUGCUGCACCUACCACUGUUACGUGUUCUAGUUUUAUGUUUUGUUUACUUUUUUAUUUCUUACUUUUUUGUAAAAACGGGAAGGGGGAAACUGGGCUUGGAAUCACUGACAAUUGUGUUUCUUUUUUUCUGUCUCGUACGCACCACUGCCCGAGGCUUGACACUAUUUUUCCUCCCCAGUGUAGUGCGUAAACAAAGGUAUAUUUCCAGUAAGGGUUUGGUGUAAUAAACAGUCAGUAGCCUUAACUAUUGGUGCCAUCUAUUGAGGGGAAGAACUAAACAAGUAAACACUGCUGCCUAAGAGCCACAAGAUGGAGUUUCAAAGAUUCCUGUGUUACUUUUUCUCCUGAAUAGGGAAUUUGAUAAUACAUUUGAAUAUGGAAGAAUUUCAGUCCAUUAUCAAAACCAUUUAGGCAACUAUAAAUGUAUCAAUGCUUAAGUGAGUCGGUUAGAUGGCUUCCCACAGUAAUGGUCGGGGGAAAUUUAACGUGCGAAUCUCUGAGGAUCUUACGGCAGAAUAAGAAUGGGGAAAACACUGUAUAUUUCAUUGACAGAAUAGAGUAGGAAAAUCAGAUUUACGCAUAAUACUGAGAAGGAAUAAUUCUUUCCUGAAUGGGUUGUCAUUAUUUUUCCUUGUGUGUGCUUCAGCCAUAUGUGCGCGCGGGCCGUGGCGCCGCCGUUCUAUAGGGGUCCUAGCUGUUCUCACGACCCCUGUAAGGUCCUUGCCUACCACGUUACCUCAGGUCAACUGGGGUCAGAGGUCAUGCCAUGGUGCAGUAAACUACCUCCACAACAAUGCGACACAAAUUCGACCCCCGGGAAGAAUCCGAUAUUGUUCAUUUUAGUUAAAAGGAAACCCGGAUAUAAAAGGACCGCUAAAAUUCCUGACAACACGGUGACCUAGAUUCGAUGGGAAGUACCUAGACAACCACGAAUAUAAUACUAAAGUACCCUUAACCCCCAGAGGUCAGGUUAACUGGUGUCAAGGGUCAAGUUAUAGUAAGUAUCCAACUGACUUCACAAUAAAACAACUAGGGUUUAAUCACAUGAAAAAGGUCCCUCUGGUCCCUUUUAAUUCAAGUUAUUAUAAUUCCUUCACCAAAUUUUGAUAUCAGUCAUUUGUUUUGUGUUUCUCUGACUGCUGCCCUGGGUCAUACUCCCUCAUAAACCGGAUUUGAAAAUGGAAACCUUUAAAAAUCUAGUUGACUAUAGUAUAUUAUUGUGAUUCAUUUAAUGUCCAAAACUCUCGGGUGUUUAAACCCUCUAACACUUGACCUCCAACACUUGACCUCUAACACUUGACCUCCAACACUUGACCUCCAACACUUGACCUCUAACACUUGACCUCCAACACUUGACCUCCAACACUUGACCUCCAACACUUGACCUCCAACACUUGACCUCCAACACUUGACCUCCAACACUUGACCUCCAACACU